AUGCUUAUAUCUGCUUAUACUUUUUCAUCUCUUCAAGCACAUACAAUUAUUGCUGGCUUAGCUGACCUUAUUGAAGCCGGAGGCUUAUCAUUCUUCGAAGCAUAUCAAAUGGCUUGUCCAAUGCGACGCAAAAGAACCACCACUAACCUAGGCGAAACAAAAUAUCGAAAAGCUACUCUUAAAGAAUUAAUGGAGAUUUGCUGCAUUCGUGGCUGUGAUAUUGCCGAUUUAAGUGGUUACUGUGGACCAUUUAAUAGCUAA